AUUUGCUGGAGACUGCUGGAGAGAACGCGUCUUGUCAGGUUAUUUUGGAUUAUGACUACCAGUCUCGUAACUCCUCUUCAUUCGUUGAGAAAACGCAAGCAAUUAGUACCAAAGAAAUUUUUAUUGGCAGAAAAUGGUAGUGUGAACUUGGAGCUUUGUGCCAGAAAGUAUGACUCACACUGUGCAUUGAGCAAUUCAGCAAUCACGGCUGAUAUCUGUUGUGGUGGUAAUGAAAAGGUUUGUAAAAGUGACACUCCUACUCUACUGGAUGGUGUUCAAGAAAGUGAAACAGAGAGUUCAGAUAAUGUUUCUAAUUUUACUGAUGCAAAACCUAAGUACAGGUUGAUUAUCAUUCAUAGACUUAAUCGCUCGCAGACCGGUGAGAGAGAUGGACAAUUUCAAUGCAGUAAAUGUACGAAAUGUUUUCGUACAAAAAAGCAGUUGACGAGUCACAUGCAAAUACAUAAGAAAAUGUUUCGAUGCUAUGAGUGUGAGGAAUGUUUCAAGCAUCAGAUUGAAUUGCGAAAACAUUUAAAGUCAAUACAUAAUAUUGAUUAUGUAUUUCGUUGCAAAACGUGUGGGAAGAGAUUCAAGCAGUGUAGUGCGCUAAACAGACAUAAACGAACCCAUUCGGGUGAGAAACCAUUGGAAUGUGAGGUGUGUGGAAAGAAAUUCUCGGAUAAAAGACAUUUGCACAGGCAUUCCUUAAUUCAUACAGGAAACAAGGAAUAUUAUUGCGAUGUAUGUGACAAGGGUUUCUUUCAGAGAUCUAACUUGGGCAUACACAUGAGAAGUCACACUGGAGAAAAGCCCUUUGAAUGUGAUAAUUGUGGAAGACGGUUUACAACUGGUGCUAGCUUAGACGGUCAUCUGGGAAUCAAGAAUGCUCCAGCUUGCAUAGCAAUGUCUUUGAAGCAUCAUGAGGAAGAUACACAAGAAAAUGAUUGUAUGGGUAGCAGCAGUGGAACGUCUCAGGCUCAGGAUGGUUAUGAGGAGGCAAACGAGUUUGAAGGCGUCAACGUAGAAAUCGAGUCUCAAGAAGGCAAUACAGAAGUAAAUGGAUUUCCAGAUAGUAUGGAGACAGCAAGCGGACUUCAGGAUGAUAUAGAGUAAGAGUCACUGAUGUAAGUGUAUUCUCAACAGAGGUAAAAUAAUAGCAUAAUUUUUUUGUGAUAACUAAUACAAUUGCACUGUAAAUUUAUAAUCUCUGCUUCUUGCCUUGAAUAGUCUGUUGGUAACUUUAAUAUAAAUAAACUUGUGACCAGUGGCUGCAAUAAAAUGUGUGUAUCCUUGUUAAGUGUUGCUUUAUGUUCCACGUGUAACUUUGCCUUGUGAUGCCUCUUCACUGUGCACUAGGAAUGAAAAUGAUGCCCUGCAUGCACAAUGCUCCUUUCAUGCAUGCAUGACCAGUAUGGAAUAAUUUUGGGUGUGUUCGAUUUGCAGUUCUAGAACUGAAA